CGGACCACUGCCCGCCGCCACCUCCGAAAGCAAUGGCGAGGGCAGAGUACGGCACACAGCAGACACCCUACUGCCUGUGCUGCCUGGUCGCGGCCGCCAUCGCGGCGCAGACCCUCGUCCUCUAUGGGAACAUCUGCACAGGACGGAGAUGAUGGAAACCCUGGGUGACUCCACCAGCGGCUGGUCGAAUGUUGGCAUCACGCUUGCGGACUCGCUGAGCGAUGAGCUCGACGAGGCCAUGUCGUCCGUGGCCACAGUGAUGACAGACACCAUCACGUCGAUCAGCGAUUUCGAGGACCUCGAGGUCAUCGACACAGCUCUUGGAAUAUUGGGCCAGCUUGCCGAUUCGGUCACGGAUAACGUCUCAACCAGCCUUCUGCAGGGGUACAAGAAGCGCUACGCGAGCAUGUACCAAAGGAAGAAAGAGAAGCACAUCUCUGCCGUCCAGACGGCGUUGAGCGCGUACUCCAACGCGACAGCCGCCUCGUCCGCAUUCCCGAACGGGUCUCUCGGCGUGCCCGCGCAGGAGAAGGACGAUCUCGUCGGGGGCGUCCCCGCGGCGCUGGCGCGGCAGGCCGCCAGGGUCUCGCCCCACCUCUCCCUGGAGAAGCUGCCGCAGGAGAGGUACAGAGGACGCUCCAACGGGUGGCGGGGCCCUCGCUCGCGCAGCAGGGGAGCCGCAUCCGCGGCAUCGACAUUACCGAUCUCGAAAACGACAUCACGGACAUUUCAGCCCUUUUGA